UUCAGGUUAAACUGGCGUCCAUUGCGGGACGCGCCCCCUUUUCAGAGUUUUUCAAUAUCAAUACCCAGAGUUUGAAUAAUUAAGAGCAGUUCUUUCGUCACUUUUGAAGCUAGUUUCAAGAUAAGAAAUUGCCUCGUGUGAAGAAUUUUUGGUUAAACUGUACUGUUUGAAGAUUUUAAAAUUUAAGUUAAGCCCCGAGAAAUAUGGAGGCAAAUAAUGCAAGCCGGGCAACGGCAGAGAGCGUUCUCCAAGGCGCUACCACUGGGACAGUCGGUUCCGAUUUAUCGGGAUCGGCGCAACCACCUCCGAUCCGCCCACUUAUAAGGACAGAUUCUCGGCCUAAUUUUGCACCACAAGCGAGACCUGCAGCUCCUCAGCAAGGUCAACUUAGACCUAAUUUUCAGCCCGGUGGCUUAAUAACUGGGCCACAGUCACUCGGACCUAGAAGUGGCGUGUCAGCACCUAGGAAUUCGGUUCCUUCAAGUCCACUGGGACCUCAACAAGUAAGGCCUCCACCAUUGCGGCCUUUUGGACCACAAUCUAUUGUAUCUCAACCAGGUCCAAGACCUCAGUCACCAACACUUAGAGCUCCUCCUCCGAACAGUCUGCAAUUUGGUCCCAGACAACCUGUCAGUGGGAAUAUAAUAACGCCCGACGGCAACAGGCCUCUAGCUACCCAAUUGCCCAACGGGGCAAACAAAAACGGAGCACCGCCAGGGCCUGGGCAACUUCCUCGGCAACCCUCGCAGGGAGCUGAAUCUUUCGGAAUAAAUAAGAAUAAAGUCGUCAACCUGGAGAACCAAAGCGAUAACAAAAAUGAAAAUCAAAACGGAAAAGAAGCAGAUAGCUUUGACGCGCCGGGGAUGGCCAAAGGACGAAGUUAUAGUAUUGCUGCCGCUCCUGGUGCACCAAGCCCGCUUAAAGCAGAAGAUGAUCGACGCAAAUCGGUUAGCGCCAUAGGUGGUAGAUUAGAUGAGUUUGGCAUUCGAAGUCCGGGUCUUGGGCUGAUACAAGAGGGAAAAGAUAGUAAGGACAAUUUGCGUAGUUCAAAGGAAAGUAUUCGAUCUGUGUCCUCAAAUGAUGGAGUUAAAGAUGUUGUUGAACGUCCUGAAUCGCGGUUGUCAGCAACGAAAAUGACCGAUUCUUUUAUUGGGUGUUUUCCUGCUGCAACAGCCAGUAAGAAGGUAGAUGAUGACGAUGAUGUGAUUUCACAAAAUAAUGGAACUAGUGGAAAUAUUUAUAUUGAUUCUGCUAAAGCUCCAGCUAAAGAAGAUUUAUCUGAACGUUCGCCUUCACUGACUCGCAGUGAUGAUUCUCCUGAGCCUAAGCAAAAUUUAUCACAAAGCUCUAUUUCAAAUAAUAAAUCGCAAACUAUUACACCGGAGCCGCAACGUCCAAAAACUCCGAAGAAUGAAAUUAAAGCCGUAACACCGACGCAUAUUAAAUCUCAAGUGAAUAACGACCCUAAAUUUGUUGCCACUCCGACUAAAGUUGCACCUAAGUCACCAAUCCCCGAUACAAAACCACCGAAAUCUGCGACGCAAAAACCAAAUGAGCUUAACACGUCUAUUAUAAGUUCUGAUUCUAAGAAAUCAACACCUCAUAAGUCCGCAUCGGCUCCCAAAUCGCGUCAAAAAGAGGGAGAUAACGACAGCGGAGUUGACGAAUCUACACAAGGAAAUGAUCUCAAUGGAUCUCCUAGCUCUCCGAACAAGAAAAUCGUAAACAAAACGCCAACAAAAGAAAAAUCGAGUAACAGUCUUAGGGCGAGCCUUUCUCGAUCAUCGAGCAAGAGUGCAACAGCCAAAACUCCAGAAAUUCCUACCCCGACCGAAAAGAAAAAAGUACCGAUGAAUAAAGUUCAAGUUGGGAAUGCACCGUCGCCAAAUUUAAAAGCCGUGAAAUCUAAGAUAGGAUCUCUGGAUAACGCCACAUACAAACCCGGGGGUGGUAAGGUUAAAAUAGAGAACAGAAAACUGGAGUUCGGAAACAUCACACCUAAAAUUGCGGCUAAAAACGAAGCGUACACUCCUAGUGGAGGAGCUAAAAAGAUUGUCACUAAUAAACUGGAGUGGAACGCAAAAUCGAAAGUCGGUUCUCUCCAGAACGCUUCUUACAAGCCCGGCGGCGGUGAUAAGAAGAUCGAAACAGUCAAGCUAGAUUUCGGCGAAAAGGCAAAAUCGAAAGUUGGCUCCACAGCUAACAUCACCCACAAGCCCGGCGGUGGUGCAAUCAAGACGUCAUUGGAUAAGAACGGAACGAGAACAAUCGAAAACCAAAAAUUGGAAUUCAAAGCUCAAAGUAAAGUGGGUUCCUUGGAUAACGUAAAACAUAAGCCAGGAGGUGGAGACAUCAAAAUAUUUGAAGAUAAAGAGUAUAUCAAGCAGAUGACUGGGCAGUCGCCAUUGCCAACAAGUCGCAGUCACUCACGGCAGGAGAGUCCACUUCCACCAGCUUCACAGCUGCCGAAAUCGGACGAAAACUUGAACGAAGAGCAGAGUUAAAUCACUACCAGAAAGACUUCGCAUUUUCAUCUAUAUUUUAGUCAUAAAAUGUACUAACAGUCUAAUAUUCAAUUAGAGUCCAUUGUGUAUGUUUUCUGUUUGUUGAAUGUAAUGAUAUUAAUUAGUGUUUUUGGUGAAUGAAUGAUUUUUGUCAAAAUUAAAAUAGAUAACGUCAAUAAUUUGUGCAUAUCCGUUUAGCGUCUAAAUAAGUUUGGAUUUUGUAAGGAAGGUAAAAACUGUUUGAUCUUUGAUUACUUUAGUUAAUAUGUACUAAUUACUUUAUUUUUACUGUCAAUAUUACCUAACCAUUAUAUUACAAGAGUGCCAAUUUACUGUAUGUUAGAAAGAUUGUAUUUUAUUGGAUUAUAUAAACAAAGCUAUAUAACUUGUCGACAAAUUAUAGUCUCCUUUAAUUUUCAUUGUGUUUUACUUUGUACAGAGGCAGUAAAUGCGAUUUGCACCUUAUCAAUGUAAACAGCAACAGUAAUAGACGAAAGUAGAGACACAGACUAUUAAUAGCAAUUUCAAAUUGUAACGUGCUUGAAACUAAUAUUUAAUUGUACGUUAUUAUCUUAUGCAUAUUAUUAUAUUAUUAGAGAAGUUCUUUUUUUAAUUUUUCGUUAAUCCCGAAUAGCGUAAAAUUGCACCUUUGUAUUGUACCUAGGUUUUAUUAUUUGGGUAGUAGCCGUUUGAACAGAGUUCUCGACACAGCCCACACGCGAGCAAUGAAAUACAGUAGUUAUUGGUAUUAAGUUAGUUGAUCAAAGUUAGCUUUUUUACAGCUUUAAAGCUCAUAGCGUUGAAUAAGUUCGCGAAAACUUUUUUUCGUUCGAUAGCUGUGGCAAGAACAGAAGGGGCUCGAGAUGGACUGACCAGAUUAAUAGAAUUUAAUGUUUUUUAUGAUUCUAGAAGUACGUGUAAUUAGUAUUAGGUAGUACUUAUUGAUUCGAUGUUUAAAUUAGUCACAAAACAAUAUGUAACCUAAAUUUUCCUUUGAGAAUGUAUGUCACUUGUAUCGCUGAACUAUCUAGCUUUGAUAAAAUAUUUUUUACCGCUUCGCAAUUACCAUUUACAUUGGCAACGUAGAUAUUAACUGUAGAAUAGAAAAAACAAUUGAUUCGAACAUACGUACGUAUUACGGUGAUUAUUUAAUACAAGUUUAACAUCAAUAAAA